AUGGACAUAACCACAGGGAAAGGACUUUUCCCCAGACAGAUGCUGCUGUCUUUACUGCUCUUGGGUCUUCUCUUCUUGGGGGAAAAAGCAAACAGCAUGUUCCCAGAGCCUCGUAUUGUGGGGGGCUGGGCUGCCCAGAGGGCGCAGUGGCCAUGGAUGGUAAGCAUCCAGGAGCGAGGCCAACACGUGUGUGGUGGCUCCCUCAUCAGCCACCAGUGGGUACUGACUGCUGCCCACUGUGUGUCCAGCUCCCUGAAACCCCAGCACCUGCAGAUCCAAAUGGGGGAGGCGUUCCUCUACACCAAGAGCCGCUAUUUCAUCUUAGUUCCUGUGAGUCAGAUACUAUUGCACCCCCGUUAUGAUGGGGUUGCCCUUCACGGAAAAGACAUUGCAUUAUUGAAGAUCAGACGACCUGUGCCCUUCUCCAAAUUCAUCCUGCCUAUCACUCUGGCCCCACCUGGUACUCAGGUCCCACCAAGGACUCAGUGCUGGGUGACCGGCUGGGGGGAUAUCAGAGAAAAUGUGCCCCUGCCUCAGUCCUAUCCACUGCAAGAGAUAAACGUGCACAUUGUGGACACACAGCGGUGCCAAGUCCUCUAUGAUCCAGAGCCCAUUGGGAAUGAGAUGCUGUGUGCUGGCUAUCCCCAGGAGCGUAAGACCUUCUGUGAUGGUGACUCUGGGGGGCCUCUUGUCUGUCAACUUCAAGACAGGAGAUGGGUCCAGGUGGGUGUGGUGAGCUUCAUGAGAAGUUGUGCUGAGCCGCUAUUUCCGGGAGUAUACUCCAGGGUUUCCUCCUAUGUGCCCUGGAUCCGUCAGUACGUACCUCUGUCCUGA